UUGUUGUUGUUCAUCAUCUUCUAGGGUUUUCCAGGAACAUACAACAAAAAUACAUACAUAAAGAUACAUGAAUAAUAAUAAUAAAUAAAUAAAAUAAUUAAUAAUAAAAAUGAUAUUCACACGCAUUUCACGCUUUCUGUCUCGCUCGAAUAACACCUUCCACAACCAACAAUGGUGGUUGCAGAAUGUGAGAGGAAAUACUAGUUUCAUCACCAUUCACGGCGGCGGUGGACCACGGCACGUGACCAGCAGCAGCCCUACCACCUAUUAUUUUACCACUUCAAUUACCACCUGUAAUAAAAUAUUAUAUAAUUCUCAAAUUUUAAACAGCAACCAUCACUUAUUAUCAGGAGGAGGAGGAGGAGGCUGCUGCUCACCAAGACUCUUUUCCAAUCAAGCCUCCAACAACAAAAACAAGAAUUACGAGAACUAUUACCCAAGUGGAACGGUAAAGGUAAAGGUCACAGUGAGAAAUGCGGACGGUGACAAAUUUGAUUCCAAAGGGGACGGUCACGAAUCCGGUUCCAAGGGGGACUCUGGCAAAAAUGACGAUGGAGAUAAGUUCAAGCAGUUUCCAAAUUUACUUCCGUCUUUGCUGUUUUUUGCUUUUGUUUUGUCAUCAACUUUCUUGAAUACUGAAGAAAAGAAACAGAUCAGUUUUCAAGAGUUCAAAAGUAAGCUUCUAGAACCUGGUUUGGUGGACCAUAUUGUUGUCACCAAUAAAUCUGUUGCUAAAGUGUAUGUGAAGACUUCAGUUUCCAAUACAUCUCAAAUCAGUGAUGAAGCUAGCCAGGGUCCUAACAGUGACAUCGGGUCCAGUGGAAAAUCAGGCUAUUACAAAUACUAUAUUAAUAUAGGAAGUGUGGAAACUUUUGAGGAGAAGCUCGAGGAAGCUCAGAAGGCAUUGGGAAUAGAUACUCAUAAUUAUGUUCCAGUCAUGUAUUCUGAUGAAACAAAUUGGCUCCUAGAAUUAUUGAGGUUCGCUCCAACAUUAUUUCUUCUAGGAACCUUAUAUUUUGUGGGCCGAAGAAUGCAGAUUAAUGUCCCAGGUGGAAAGGGUUCCCGUGGAAUUUUCAACAUAGGAAAAGCACAAGUGACGAAGUUGGAUAAAAAUUCUAAAAACAAGGUAUACUUUAACGAUGUAGCUGGUUGUGAUGAAGCAAAGCAAGAAAUCAUGGAAUUUGUGCAUUUUCUGAAAAAUCCUAAAAAGUACGAGGAGUUAGGAGCAAAAAUUCCAAAGGGAGCACUUCUUGUAGGACCACCUGGGACAGGGAAGACGCUUCUUGCAAAAGCCACUGCCGGUGAAUCCGAAGUUCCUUUUUUGUCCAUAUCUGGUUCUGAUUUUAUGGAAAUGUUUGUUGGGGUGGGACCCGCCAGGGUCCGUAGCUUAUUUCAGGAGGCAAGAGAAUGUGCACCAAGUAUAAUAUUUAUUGAUGAGAUUGAUGCAAUCGGGCGGGCCAGGGGCCGUGGUGGUUUUUCUGGUGGAAAUGAUGAGCGUGAGAGUACUUUAAAUCAGCUUCUGGUAGAAAUGGAUGGAUUUGGAACCACUUCUGGAGUUGUUGUACUUGCUGGUACAAAUAGACCUGAUAUUUUAGACAAGGCUUUGUUGAGGCCUGGUCGUUUUGACCGUCAAAUUACAAUUGAUAAACCUGAUAUUAAAGGUCGCGAGCAAAUAUUUAACAUAUAUUUGAAGAAAUUGAAGCUUGAUGAAGAGCCAUCCCAUUAUUCUCAGAGGCUUGCUGCUCUGACACCUGGAUUUGCUGGAGCGGACAUUGCUAAUGUUUGUAAUGAAGCUGCUUUAAUUGCUGCGAGGUGUGAGAGUGCUGUCAUUACUAUGGUUUACUUUGAGGCAGCUAUAGAUAGGGUCAUUGGAGGUUUAGAGAAGAAAAACAAGGUGAUAAGUAAACUGGAAAGGAGGACUGUUGCUUAUCAUGAAUCAGGUCAUGCCGUUGCUGGAUGGUUUUUGGAACACGCAGAACCGUUGCUAAAAGUGACGAUUGUUCCUCGAGGUACUGCAGCCCUCGGUUUUGCACAGUAUGUCCCUAAUGAGAACCUCUUGAUGACUAAAGAGCAGCUUUUCGAUUUGACUUGCAUGACGCUUGGGGGUCGAGCAGCCGAACAGGUUUUGAUUGGAAAGAUCUCGACUGGAGCUCAAAACGACUUGGAGAAAGUCACAAAAAUGACGUAUGCUCAAGUAGCAGUAUAUGGUUUCAGUGAGAAAGUUGGUCUUCUAUCUUUUCCUCAAAAUGACAACGCCUUUGAGGUAACCAAGCCAUAUAGCAGCAAAACUGCUGCAAUAAUUGACAAUGAAGUGAGAGAAUGGGUUGGAAAAGCAUACCAACGUACAUUGCAACUGAUCGAGGAACAUAAAGAGCAAGUAGCUCAGCUUGCAGAGCAGUUACUCGAGAAAGAAGUAUUACACCAAGAAGACUUGGUAACCAUACUUGGUAAACGACCAUUCCAGUAUAGUGAACCAACGAAUUAUGAUAGGUUCAAGGGUGGGUUUGUAGACAAUGAAAGUCAAGAAAAAGCAAGCGGAAAAUGAUGAUCCCCUACACCCCUCUAACCUUGUGACUCUAAGUACGUAGUUUUAUUUUAACAAAAAAUCACAUUUGAGGUCAAUUGUUUAUCGCUCGAUAUUGAAGUUUUCGAUUUAUGUAGCAAUACAUGUCCUCUUUGGAGAUUUAAUGAUGUAUAGCUUUUGGAAGAAUCCUGCCCGAGUUUGUUUUUGUUCUCAAUUUAUAAGAGUGACAAUUUCCGACUCAUUAACUUA